AUGGUCAGACAAGCAUGUCUCGAUGCUCUGCAGACCGCAAACGCCACCCCGGAGCAGCCCCCUGCAUUCAACUAUGUCGACGAGGAUACGCUCCUCCAACUACGGAAUGUAGGCUCACGCGUACGAAAGAGCGUAACCGAAGGCUUCCAGCGCACUGUCUCCGUCCCCGCGGACCCCUCCAUCCUCAGCAAACGCCUCCCCUUCACCCAGACGCCCUCCUUCAUCUCCGCCAACGACGCCAUGCGCGACCUCUUCGCCGCCCGCGCCGCCAAGAACAAAGGCACCGCCUCCGCGCCCUCCUCCCCGCAGCAGCGCCCGAAGCGCGUGCACAACCCCGAGUCCGACGCAGAAGACGCGGACGUCGACGCGGACGACCUCGACCUCGACCUCGGCCUCGACGACGAGGAGGGUCCCGCGCCGCCGCCGAAGCUCUCCGCGGAGGAGAAGAGCAAGCGCGCGAUCCGCCCGCUGAAGCGGAGCGCGAGCCGCCCCGCGGGCGUCGCGACGCAGAGUCUGCCUGCGAGCAUGUUCCGCUUCUCGUACGAGGGCGCGAACAGGACGGGCCCUGCGGCUGCGCAGAUUACAGAGGAGGACUGGAGCGAGAGCUUUGGCGAGGGUGGCGGCCCCGAGUUGUCCGCCGACCUCGAGAUCUGA